AUGGGUGAUACACCGUCAACAUCCAAUUCGAAGCCUACUCGUCGAAGUCUACGUAAGACCAUCACUCCAAUUGCGCUUGUAGACAGCAAUCAGCAGAAUGUGGGUCAAGCACAAGUGGAUAAAAAAACCGACAAGAGCAAGAAGAGAAAGAAGCCCAGCGAAGUAAAUUUAGAAUGCACCGAUGGUUCAGGGACCGGCCCAAAAAAUGAUACACUGAUCAAAAAGGCUGAUGUAUCUGUUGGAAAGUUAACUUCGCGUGAACAGAUACUUGACUUACUACGUCGGCGUAUCAACCCUAAAAAACCUCGCCUCUCCUCAAGUGAUAAAAAAAGUCGCGGAAAAACUACGACGAAAAGAAACAACAAGAAGAGUAUCACUGAUGAUCCUCCUUGUCCUGAACCAUUCAAUCAUCUGAAAGAAUUCGAAAUCAAUUACUCAGUCUUCCCCGAUUCUCAACUGGUCGGAAUGCUUCAAAACAUCGGCCUGGAUACGAGGGGGAUGAAUAAAGAGCAGUUGGUCAACUGCUGUAAAGUACAUCAAGACUUACUUGAAUUACCGGAAUUCUACAAAUCAGCUCCACAAUCCAGUCCUGUGGAACAGCUACCCGCCUUUUUACCGGGAAUCUCUGCAUCGGAGCCCCAAUCUGCUCCUUUGGGACAGCUACAUGAUAUUGAGACCAACGCCGCCAAUUCUCCUGUUGGACUUCCCAGUGUCAGCCGCACUCAACCUAAUCCUCCUAUACAACAGCCAAAUCAUCAACCAAGUCAAGCAAAAUCUGCCAAAGGGAAGGAGAAGGCGGUAUCUUAUCAAGACGACACCAUAUUUUUUGAAGAUGACGGCAUAGCUUUCGAAGCCUCAGAUUAUCAAAACGCCUUCUCUCACCACGAUUCAACCACCGAAGAUGCUCAAGCAUCGGCCGCUGAAGGUCAAAACGUACCCACUGGUGAUACCAUCACUAUUACACAGCUCAAUUCAGCUUUGACAGAAACAAACAAGAGAGUACAAGAUCUUGAAGAUGAAGUAAAAACGUUAUCUUCGGUUGUUCAGAAGUUGCUCGGCGAGCGCGCGACAGAUCCCUCAGACACAACGACCUGUGGUGGGAGGAUAGCAGCUCGUAUGCGCUUCCACAUCGAAACACUUGUAGGCCAGCCAAGUGGCGAGAAGAUCUUACUCAAGCCUGCCAGCGCGGAAGAUAAGGAAGCCUGGAUGUCUCAGCAAGCAAUCGACGAGUUUGAAUUCUACGUAAAUAUGGAUUUGUUGCCCUCAAUCACUGAAGGGCGCGAUCCUGCCUUUCCAUAUGUGGAUGGUCCUGGCCACGCCAAUUCUAGCCCUCAACAGCUGUCGGUGAUGUGGCAGAUGAUGAAGGCUGUUGGUGUUUCAAGUUUUCGUCCCGACUUCUCACGUUCUCUUUCUUCAAAAGAUAAUAAGUGGCUCUGGGAUCUCGCCUUGAAGAUCUUUGUAAAACUUGUGGAAUGUGGGGAGUACAGCGGCAUUUCCCUUGGCGAUGAAGGAAUGGCGUUAAUCAAGAAAUCUAUGAAAUCCAAUAUACAAACACUUAUGAAAAGGUUUGUGUUCACUCGAGAGAAAUGGGACAACGCACGUAAAUUGAAGGCGGCAAAUGAAGUCAGACGCACUUCCAGGCUAAGGCAUUCGUUGCGGGAGCGUGUUGUUCUUCAGGAGACAACCUUGUGGUCACUUUCUCGUAUAAUCCCACAUGUUUGUAGCGACGACGAGACCGACGACGAAGGCGGCUCAUCCACCGGGCCAUCACAGUCCAAUGGCAACAGACCAUUGCGUGUGCGAAGGCUCGAGUGGCGCAGCGCUGACCUACAAUUGGUUUGUAGCCGAAUCGACGAACUGAAAUCACACUACGACAAUUGCAUUCCGGGUACCUCGCCUGGUCAAAGGGGUCGUCGCCCCCGAAGACGCAUUCGAAGUGAAGAUGGCCCUAUGAGUAGGCUUGAAGCACCACUAGGAUUACCGGUGGAUUGCUACUCAGCGGAUUGGUUAUCCUCCCUCUCUCCUCUAGCUCGCUGUCAGUUGGAGAUUGUUGAAUCUCGGGGCCUACAUACAGCCCUUGCAGCUCUGAACAAUUUGUUUUGA